UCUCCGCUAAUCCGCUGUUAGGAGGAUAUUGCAUCCCAGUCCACUGCGCUCCGGCUCUGCGAGGAAGAAUUAAAGCCCCUGAAAAAGGAUCUGAAACCGGGGAGUGGGGUGAACUGGAUCAUGUAGCUAUAUCCUUAAAAACACAGGAGUGUGUUUGACUUGAUUUGCGGAAAUGGACGGAGCGGUUUUUGCAUUUUGAGCGCUGUUAAACAUCCGAAGCUACAGCGGUGCUGCCGGGGCGAGGAUGUCUCCUGAUGUAUGACAACAACACUCAACAUCUUCUGGCCAAACGCAGGAGACGUGACAUGAACGCGGGCGGGACACACGCCGUGGGACGAUGGUCACAUUUGCGGGCUGACUGCUGCCUUUCUGGAGGAUCCACUCCACGGUUAUUUCCACGCGUCCUAACCGCGCAUGUCGCCUCCUGCACGGUGCUGUGACUGGCCUCUGUGCCGCUGUGUGGAGACGGACACAGAACAUCUUAUUUUUUUUUAUUUUGUUUUAAAUAGAAUUGCUUUAAGUAGCGUGUAGCGCUGCGGUUGUUAAAGCCCUCGUGUGAGUUUGUUAUCGGUCAUUAAUCGACAUGUAACACUGACUGACUGUGGACAGCAGAAGUGGGCAUUGGAGUCCACGCGAUUCAUGCAGCGAUGCCAUAAUAAUCAGCUAAUGAUAGUAAAUGCAGAGCAGAGGGUGAUGGAGCAGUGAGUGGACUAAAGCCUUAGACCUUUUUUUUUUUUAAACUCCUUCAAGUGCGUGCAGAUGUGGUCACAGUGGCAGAUAUAGGCCUGCACUGGAAUGAUACUUGUUUGGCCUGCACAGACUUGCUCUCACAGGCUGGUGAGUCCACAGAAAUCCAAGCACAAGUUGAUGAACCCGGAACGUCUCUUGCACUUGCUUCGGCGGAUCACUGCGGCCUGAAAAGGAACCGUUCUCACGGUACGUUGUUGAAUAUGGAACAUGCAUCGAAGCCGAGCUGUGAACACGUCCACGUCAUGGUUGUUGUUAAAGUUUGAAGAGCGGCUACAUGGAGACCUGACGCCCUGCUGUGUGCACGUUCAAUCCUCAAGGUUCUCCUUUGCUUUUGUUCUUUUGAAAGCCAAGAAGAACAAGAAGAAUCUCAGAAGAAGAAAUUAAAAACUCCUGUGUCAAGGGAUUUGGCCUGGCGGGAGAGACGCUGCUGGGGUGUUUUACUGCUGAACCUCCACAGCAGCUGUUGGUCACACUGGAAGUCUGAAAGAUGAGACGGGAAUAGUAGCAGGUGUGCGAGUUUGCCAGCACCCUAACCCAGGAAAUGCAGUGCAUUGAUUUGUUUUUUUCCCCCAGUGCCCACAUCACUAAUAAUGAGUGAAUAUAUUAUGUCCCAUGUCUGAUCUUGAUGUUGCAGUGACACUCGCACCCUGAACUCCCGAGUUUUCCCACAGGUGUACCGCGUGGUAUGAUAUGCCGAAGAAACCGUGAACAUCUUUUUUUUUCUUUUUUUUUUUAACACACACAUGCUGCACGCGCUCCAGCGUCUGUUGAACUUCUAAAGGGAGCAGGCAUGAGAUUGCACAGACUGUCGGCACGUGUGCAGGGGAACGCAGGAGGAAUUAUUAGUGGCACUGUGGACGAUAUGGUGCAACGCUGUCCGGGCUUAAAAGUCUACACGAGGAAGAGUUGUUAUGAACCACUGCUGUGAGAGAAUUGUGUUUUCUUCUCUCUGAGACCAUCUGCUGAACUGGAACUAAGGCCCAACACAAACAGUUACUGUUUGAAUCAACACAGCCUUCUUCCAUGUGGGAAAUCUUCCCUGAUCUGUAUACUUGAUAAAGUGUCAGUUAGACACAUUCUUGGAGCAUGCUUUGAAUCCCCUGGAUUGGAUUUUGCAGAAUGUGUAAACAGGAAGUUGACAGCAAAUAGAGACACAUGCUUGCUCGUGUUGUCCAAACAGCCCUUUUUAGUGUCCUCCCAGUCAGUGUGUCUCACUGAUUACAACUGUUGAUCCCCUUGUCAACGUUUGUACUCCGGGGGGGGCAAACCCGAGCAAGCGAGACCUAUCUAUCAGAGCACACUCACAGUCUAAUAACCUCUCGCCGUGGCGAUGGGUAGCUCAGCCUCAUCGCUCACUGCAGAGACCGAGUCGGACCAUGGCUUCCGCAGCACCCCCUACCCAUCGUCACCCCCUGUGGGCUGGCUCAGGAACAGCCACAGCAGCCCGGUGUGGGGCUCCAGCUUCAUCACACGUCAGCAGCAACCGCUGCCACAUCGAGAACGCAGCCACUCUCACUCUCCUGGCUCCAUGGCAGCAGCAGUGCGAGGUAGUGAGUGGUCAUGUGGACGCUGUACCUUCUUAAAUGCCGGUGCAGCACCUCGCUGUUCCAUUUGUGAGGCACCACGCCAGAAACCCGACCUUAACCAGAUCCUGCGGCUGAGCAGCACUGAGGAGCAUCGCUGGGCCUGCCCCCGCUGUACACUCAACAAUCCACAGGGAACUGGAUCCUGCUCUGUCUGUGGCUUUGGACCAUCCCCAGCCACUCACACACCCCCUACCACCACCAUAGCUGCCACUGCCAACGGCCUCCCAUCUGCGUCAACUGAACCGCCAACACCCACAGUCACCUCUAGGGUUCUGCCUGAGCCCCAUGGACAGCAUCCGGCUAAGGAGGAAGUUCUAUGGCGGUCUGAGAGUAAUGGAGAUGUGGACGGCCUGGAGGGGCAUCACUCUGGCUGGGCUUGCCCCCGAUGCACACUCCAUAACACACCUGUGGCUCUGUCAUGUUCAGCCUGUGGUGGUCCCAGGAAACUGUCGUUGCCUAAAAUCCCCCCUGAGGCACUGGUGGUGCCUGAGGUGCACACGCCUGUGGCGGGGUUUCCGGUUCAUACAGCAGGGGCUGCCCCACUGCUCAUAGACUUAACAGAUGACUCACCCCCAGCCCCACCCUGUGAUGCUCAAGAUCCUCUCCAUGUCUCCUCACAGUCCCUCUCCUCCCCUUUCGCUACUUUCUCUUCGCUCCAGAACAACCCGGUACCCCGCAGCAGGAGGGAAGUGCCCCCUUCAGGGCGUCCACCAAAUCCGGGCACCAGCACUCCCAGUCCCACCUCACCUUCAACGGUCACCGUGCCACCCCAGCCGGGCCCACAGCGGCCAGCCAAGCCCAAACAUGCCCAACCACAGGAGCCCUUAUAUCCCAGCAAACGCCUCAGUAUCUUGGAGGAAGAAGACCCUCAGCACCACCCGCUUACCCCCCACCUCCCUGAUGCUUCGUCAGCCACUCCCACAUGGAAGUGCCCGAGCUGCUCAUUGCCUAACCCAGGUAGUUCAUCUAAGUGCGAGGCCUGCCGAUCAUCGCGAGCAGGUUCUGACCUCAUUGACCUCGUAGGCUGUGAAACGGUACGAUUUACCCCGGCCAGCCCCUCCAGCCCAGACUUUAGCACCUGGGCCUGUUCCAAGUGCACCCUUUGCAACCCUACAGGAGCACCUAAAUGUUCAGCCUGUGGUUCAUCCAAGCUGCAUGGCUUUCAGGAACAGCAGGCGCCCCUGCCCCGCUGCUGUACACAUUGUGGCCUCCUCGCAGGGUCCGGUACUGCGUCCUGCUCGUGCACAUCUUCCCCUUCUUCGUACUCCUCGUGUCAUAAAACGUGGAAACAGACCCGGGCCCUCCCAUCUUCCUCCCCGGCCACUGCUUCUUCCAGUUCCUCCUCUUCUUCUUGCACCUCAUCAAGCCUCCAGGAGAAGAUGGGACAGUGGAGCUGCCCUGCAUGUACACUGCUCAACGACAUCAAGACCAAGAACUGUGCGGCAUGCCACACACCGCAGCAGUACCUCACCCUUCGCAAAGUUAUGAAACCUCUGAAGAGGAGGGAGAGCAUGCAUGUUGAGGCCCGUAGACGAAAUGAUGAAGGCGAGGCUAAAGAGCUGUGGGAGAACAUAGUCAGCUUCUGCAGAGAGAACACGGUGAACUUUGUGGAUGACAGCUUCCCCCCGGGACCUCGCUCCGUGGGCUUCCCAGAGGGCGACAGCGUCCAGCAGCGGAUCAAAAAGUGGCUGCGCCCCCACGAGAUCAACUGCAGCAAUUUCAAAGACCGAGGCGUCAAGUGGUCCGUCUUCCGCACACCGCGGCCGUCUGACAUCCUGCAAGGUCUGCUGGGAAACUGCUGGUUCCUGAGUGCUCUGGCGGUGCUGGCGGAGCGGCCGGAGCUGGUGGAGAGGGUGAUGAUCACCAGGACCAUCUCUCCAGAGGGGGCCUACCAGGUUCGGCUCUGUAAAGAUGGGACAUGGACGACGGUGCUGGUAGAUGACAUGCUGCCCUGCGAUGAAUAUGGCUACCUCCUCUUCUCCCAGGCUCAGAGGAAACAGUUGUGGGUGGCACUGAUUGAAAAGGCUCUGGCCAAAAUCCAUGGCUCCUACUUCGCCUUGCAGGCAGGGCGCGCCAUCGAGGGCCUGGCCACACUCACCGGAGCUCCCUGUGACUCCCUCAUGCUCCAGGUCAGCUCCACCAACCCCCGCGAGGAACCCAUUGAUACGGACCUCAUCUGGGCCAAAAUGCUCAGCUCCAAAGAGGCCGGGUUUCUGAUGGGUGCAUCUUGUGGAGGAGGCAACAUGAAGGUAGAUGAUGCGGUCUAUGAGUCUCUGGGUCUGCGGCCUCGACAUGCAUAUUCCAUCCUGGACGUACGAGACGUGCAGGGUUACAGAUUGUUGCGGCUGAGAAACCCCUGGGGUCGCUUCUCGUGGAACGGCAACUGGUCAGACGAGUGGACGGACUGGCCGAAGCACCUGCGUAAUGAGCUCAUGCCUAAUGGCAGCAGUGAGGGCGUCUUCUGGAUGGAGUACAGCGACUUCAUAAAAUACUUUGACUCGGUGGACAUCUGUAAGAUCCACUCAGACUGGCAGGAGGUCAGGCUGCAAGGCUGCUUCCCCAACAAGGCCAACGGACCAAUCGCCGUCACAUCCCUCACUGUGCUGGAGAGGACCGCGCUGGAGUUCGCCCUCUUCCAGGAAGGAAGCAGGCGUUCGGACACGGCAGACAGCCACCUGCUGGACCUGUGCAUCAUGGUGUUUCGCGCCUCCUUGGGCAGCGGCAACAAGCUGACCCUGGGCCGCCUGAUGGCCCACAGCAAACGGGCGGUGAAGAAGUUUGUGGGCUGUGAUGUGAUGCUGGAGCCCGGGGAGUAUGCCGUCGUCUGCUGCGCCUUCAACCACUGGCAAAUGAACGUCAGUGCAACUGGAGGUCCGGUCACGCCCAUCUCCAGCCCAACGAGUGGAGCGGUGCGCCGCCCCAACCAGGACUUCCCUGGCUACAUACUGGCCAUCUAUAGUUCCAGACAGGUGAUGGUGGAGCAGGUGGAGGCCACCCCCAUCACACUGGCUGACGCCAUCAUCCUCCUCACGGAAAACAAAGGGGAAAGACAUGAGGGACGUGAAGGCAUGACAUGUUACUACCUGACCCAUGGCUGGGCGGGGCUCAUAGUAGUGGUGGAGAACCGCCACCCCAAAUACUACCUCCACGUCUCCUGUGACUGCACUGAAAGCUUCAACGUGGUGUCCACGCGCGGCAGCCUCAAGACCAUCGACAGUGUCCCGCCUCUGCACAGGCAGGUGCUGGUCGUGCUUUCACAGCUGGAGGGUAACGCCGGUUUCUCGAUAACGCACCGCCUGGCUCACCGCAAGGCGGCCCAGGCGUCUUUGGGGGACUGGACUCCGACAAAAGCGUCCCACAGCCCACAGCUCACUCCUGACAUUGACGGUCUGCAUCGGCCCAGGCCUCUAUGACCACCGCCCACUUCACCUUCUACUCACACAAACACUAUGAAGUGUCUGAACACUGGAAACGUAGGCCGCGGAGUGUGCAGUCCUAACACAGGGAACGUGUGUGUGUGUGUGUGCGUGUGUGUGUGUGUGUGUUGAAUGAACACACGUGAAUGUAGAGCAUGAGCAGGAAGCCGUUCUGCGCUCGCCUGCUAACGCUGACGUCUUCAUCCGCCCCUUCUGUACUCAGUCCCUUGCCAAGCGUCUGUGCCAUGUCGAGGAUGAAGUGAGCGGACCGCGUGAAAUGACCACGGCGUACGCGCAGAGCGGUCACUCUGUGAGGCGCCUUCCAGGAUCCGCCUCAGACCACUUUACAGUCUGGACGUCUAUUGUGCGAGCGCCGUACGUGCAACAGACCUCGCUCCUCCCUUUGUAUUUGCUCGGAGAUCGGCCGACUGUCGACGAGCUCCGCUAAAGCCAGCAUGGAGUGCUGUAACUACUGAGCCAAUCACCGGCACGUUCACAUCUUAUGAGCCAAUCAACUGCAGACAUCAGUCACUUCCUCCCCCUGUCGCACCCUCUGUGAUGGAAGCGGAGGAGAACAGGAGGACAGUUCACCUCAGUGUGGUGCUGAACGAGCCAAGACCCUAAGUUGCAGUUUUCACUCACACUCGGUGUUUCAUGUUUGCUGAUUCGAGCCAGAGCACUGGUAACACAGUAUCAGUUUGACCGCGCCGCGGUCUCGUCCACAUGUGUGUUUUCAUGUCAACAAACAAAGCCAUCGUUCAUCAUAGCGUCGCGAGUCCCCUCCCUCCAUCAGCACAGUGCUCUGUAGCGCCCCCUAGCUCAGGACCAAACUCACAGCGUGUACAGUCAGCGGAAGAGGAGCAGAACCUCAGGCAGAGUCGGAGACUGGUGUGUGUGUGUGUGUUGUUAUUGACUGCUGUUUCUAACAAAAGUCCGAGUUCCGAGUUAAAUGGAAUGCAGCUUUUGCUCCCAGUGAAGCCAGACGUUAGUAACCGCACACAGAGUCCUCCAUCCGGCUGUUUCAGUCAGUCUACAUUUCCUUUACUUUUCCUCUCUUUUGAUAAUCGAUGAAUAGGAUGAAUGAAUAAUAUUUCAGUUAACUUUUGCUGAGACAAGAAGAAGAAGAAGAAACCUCUGAACCUCUCUCUGUCUGUUCAAUCCAAUUUGUACCGUCUUCAGUUUUGGGGUGAAGUCAUUACAAGAGCGUCUUUGUGUUUCCUCAGACAUGCUCUUUCUUUGUGUGGUACAGAAGAUCGGCGAGUGUUUGACUGCCUGUCGCGUUUUGUCGAUGUCGUCUGUGAGAGGAUGAGUCUUGGUUUGCAACAGCACACAGUCUUCAUGUUAUUUUGUUUCCCUUUAGUAUCAGUGUCUGUUUCACGCACAUGUUUUUCCACGGUUUCCCCCGCCGUCGCGAAGCUCUUGCUCACUCGUUGCCAUAGCGACAUAGACGAGUCUCGGAGAGGGAGGAGAGAUCCGUGUGGUACGAUAACUUCUAUGUUGUGAAUUAAGAAAUAAAACUUGAAAGCUGAUGCUGGAACGCUCUGAGGAGCCGCACAGUGAGGGAUCGUUCGCGAAGAGUUUUGAAAGCGUUAGGUUAGUUGUUGUGUUUUUUUGAAUGAUUGUAUGAGGCCGGGACUGGAAACAUGGCUGCCAGCAAGACAAAGCACCCGCCUACUAAAAUCUACUCCUGAUAGGUCUGUCACAGCUUCUCGCUAUUAAGACUUUUCUCCUCGGCUAGAAUCUGAAGUUCGUGUAGCCUCGUAAAGCCCCGAGUCCCUGCAGCACACAGUAGUUGGUUAUGCACUGCUGCUUCCAUCACUAAUGGCCUAUUUCCACCGGCUCUACUCGCCUCGCCACGGCACGGUUUAAGUAGCGUUUCCACUAGCAUAGCACCUGGUACCAGGUACUAUUUUUAGUGCCUGCUCAGGUGAGGUUUCAACAGUAGGUAACUAUGCGAUGAUUGGUCGUGCAGCGGAGAUAUAACCUAAACCGCGCCGUGUCAUGUCGUGCCGAGGCGAGUACAGCCGGUGGAAUUACGCCAUCGGUGUUUGAAGUCGCACAAACUUUGGAAAUGAGGCAGCAGUGAAGCAGCAGCUCCUGUUUUCAGUCUGUCUCGCCACUUUAAUUCUUUAGGCAUCUGCAACGUGUGUUUAGACACAGGGGGCGCCAGAACACCGUGGUUCAGAUCAGGACUUGACCUCAGUGACCUCAGCGAUGUUCGGCUAAAUAGACGCCUGGCGUCCCGAGUGCCGUCCUCUCUGCUGUGAGUGUAAACAAAAAAAAUGUCUCCCAAAGAAACAGGAAGUGCAAUGGCCACUGUCGUCUAUGAGUGUGUGUGUGUGUGCGUGUGUGUCACGGCAAAGUAGCUGUGAAUAUAGUGUGUAAUUUAUUUGUACACAUGAUAUCCAGGCCCAGGUAAUGAAAACUGUGGAUGAAUGACACAUAAUAAAAGGAUCGUGAUCAUUUAA